AUGGUGCAUGAUGUCGAGAUGUUGGACCCACGUGGCCGGACACCCCUGGAGCUGGCCGUGUCCCUGGGGAGCCUGGAGUCUGCACGGGUGCUGCUGCGACACAAUGCCAACGUGGGCCGGGAGAAUGGCAGUGGCUGGACAGUCCUGCAGGAGGCCGUGAGCACAGGAGACCCAGAAAUGGUGCAGCUGGUGCUCCAGUAUCGUGAUUACCAGCGUGCCACACAACGCCUAGCUGGCAUCCCAGAACUUCUCAACAAACUACGUAGAGCUCCUGAUUUCUAUGUGGAAAUGAAAUGGGAGUUUACUAGCUGGGUGCCCCUGGUCUCUAAGAUGUGCCCAAGUGAUGUAUACCGAGUGUGGAAGCGUGGCGAAAACCUACGGGUUGACACAACCUUGCUGGGUUUUGAGCACAUGACUUGGCAGCGGGGCCGGCGCAGCUACAUCUUUAAAGGCGAAGAUGAGAAUGCUGUGGUGAUGGAGGUGGAUCACGACAAGCAAGUGGUGUACACGGAAACAUUGUCACUGGCCUUGCAUGAGCCCGAGCUGAUGCUAGCUGCCAUGCAGCCUUCAGAGGAGCACGUUGCCAGUCGGCUCACUUCACCCAUCGUCUCUACCCACCUCGACACCAAGAACAUUGCCUUUGAGCGGAACAAAUCUGGCAUCUGGGGCUGGCGCUCGGAGAAGAUGGAGAGCAUCAGUGGCUAUGAAGCUAAGGUUUACAGUGCCAUCAAUGUGGAGCUUGUCACCAAAACCCGUACAGAGCACCUAUCAGACCAGGACAAAACACGCAACAAGGGCUCCAAGACCCCCUUCCAGUCCUUCCUGGGAAUAGCCCAGCAGCAUGCGGCCCAGAAUGGGGCUCCUGUGCUGCAGUCCGCGAGCCCCACCAACCCAACGGCUAUUACCCCUGAGGAAUACUUUGACCCCAACUUCAACUUGGAGUCUCGCAAUAUCGGUCGCCCUAUUGAGAUGUCCAGCAAAGUGCAGAGGUUCAAGGCCACCCUGUGGCUGUGUGAGGACCAUCCCCUCUCCCUGGUGGAGCAGGUAACACCCAUAAUUGAUCUGAUGGCUAUCAGCAACGCCCACUUUGCCAAGCUGCGUGACUUCAUUACCCUCAAGUUGCCGCCUGGCUUCCCUGUCAAAAUCGAGAUCCCCCUCUUCCAUGUGCUGAACGCUCGGAUCACUUUCAGUAAUCUUUGUGGCUGUGAUGAGCCCCUGAGCUCAGUGCAGAUCUGUCCGCCCGCACCCAGUCCCGAGAGCACUGAGGAACUGAGUGCCGGGGCAGAAGCAGCCAGUGGCACCAAAGUGUACCCUUUUCCCUGUGAGGUGGACCCAUCAGUAUUUGAGGUGCCCCAGGGCUACACCAUGUUGGGUGCAGGCCGUACAGAGCCCAUGAGGGAUGAAGAUGACGACUUACUUCAGUUUGCCAUUCAGCAGAGCCUUCUGGAUGCUGGCACAGAGACAGACCAGGUUACUAUAUGGGAAGCUCUGACCAACACACGACCAGGAUCCAAUCCCCCAUCCUAUGACGAGGAACUACAGCUGGAACGGGCUAUCCAGGAGAGCAUGUUCCUUCAGUCGGGGCCAGGCCUGGGCACGGUGGAGACGGGAGGAAGCAAUGGUGCUCCUCCUCCUCCUCCUCCUCCUGAGGUCAGCCCAGCUCUCGGCACCGACGGGGGCCGCUCCUCUGCCUUGCCACCCCCCUACCCCAGCUUCGAUGAGCAGCUGCGUCUGGCCAUGGAGCUGUCCUCACAGGAGCAGGAAGAGUGGGAACGCCAGCGCAGCGAGGAAGACGAGGAGCUGCAGCGCAUCCUCCAGCUCUCGCUGACGGAGAAGUAGCCUCCCAGCCUGCCAGCAAGAGGCCCCUCGCCUCCCUCCGGCCUCGCACCGCCCAGCCGCCCUGGCUCUCACCGUCUCUUUAACCUCUGGCGGGGUGGGGGUGAGGGUUGGCCUGGGUGCGAGAAGAAGACAGCACCUUCUGCAUUCCUUGGGACUCACUCCGUUCCACCCUGGUAUUAUUUCCUGUAAGAUAUUUUUAAAAUUGCUUUAUCUCCUCAUCCCUCAUUGAGGAAAGUGUUUUAUAUAGGAGGGGGAAUAUGGAGCAGCGGAGCAGAGGAAGUGCAAUAAGUUGAGGAGAGCAGCAUCGGUGGCGUCUGCUGCUUUCCCAAGACUUGCCCGGGCCUGGCCGGGGCAGUGGCAGCAGGCGGGGGCGGAGCCCUGGAGCCUGAGGCUGUGAGCGCUGAAGCCGGCCUGCCUGCCGUGUGUGUGAUGCACCGUCGUCGUCGUCAUUCCUCCAUUCCCCCCCCCUUCCUGCUCCCCACCCCCACCUGUGUGUUUAAUUUAUUUUAUUUAUAUCUCUGAAGAUAUAUACGAGAAGGGGAGCAGGAGGUGUGUAUUUUUUUUUUUUUUUAACUGAACCCAGCGGGUCUAAAGGGAACAGCCGUGCCCACUCCUGAGUGGCUUUUUCCUGUCGUUUGGGGACCAGGCACGGGGGUGGGGGAGGCUCUGGGCAGCAAGAACUACUAAAUAAAACUAAGAAA